UUCUGUGAAGCCAGCGAUACCACUACCCUUGGCCGUGCAUCGCUAAUUACGAGGCUCGGAGGUAAACUGGAGGUGAAGCCAAUGGUGCUCGUUGAUAUCUUAUUCAUGCCCUUUCGGUCCAUGGCUCCGCACUGCUAUAAAACCCGCACCAUUCUUCUCACUUCACUGUUGCCGAACCAACAUUCCCGUUUUGUUUUUGUUGUUUUGAACGAUGUCUUCUCUCUACGAUGAGAAAACGGCCGAUGCCACCGUCGACCGACUCGCCCACCGGCGUACCCUGCCAUACCCGUGAUGAUCUUGAGAGGAGAUUAUUGAGGAAGCUCGAUUUGCGUACCAUGUCCAUAAUAGUGGUUAUGAGUGCCCUGAACAGCAUCGACCAAACGAAUGUUAGCAAUGCUCGGUUGGCAGGUUAUGAGGCCGACCUGCACCUGGAGGGGAACCAAUACGCGACGAUCUUGUCCAUUGCAUAUGUGGGUUUCAUUGUCAUGCAAUUGCCAGCAAAUAUGUUGCUGCAUUGGAUGCAGAGGCCUGCUGUCUUUCUUCCUUCUUGUAUGGUGGCAUGGGGUGUAAUAUCAGUGUUAACAGGGAUCACAAAGAAUUAUACGGCGGCUUUUGUCACCCGCUUCUUUCUUGGCUUUGUCGAGGCACCCUUUACCCCUGGUGUUCUGUUUCUUAUAUCUGGAUGGUACAAGCGAGACGAAAUCGCCUUGAGGACAAGUAUCGUUCUAUGUGGAACAUUGCUCAGCACUGUUUUCGGAUCUGUGUUGGCAUCUUCUAUAGUACUUACGAGCAUGCAGGGAGUACUUGGUCUAGCUGCUUGGAGAUGGUUAUUUUACAUUACGGGCAGCAUCACCAUCUUGGCCGCGAUUUGCGCGGUGUUCAUACUCCCCGAUUUCCCGCACAACACCAGGUGGCUCACUCCGGAGGAAAGAGCACUUGCUGUCUCCCGUCUCGCGGAAGAUAACGAGCUUGAGAAACGAACGACCGUACAAGGACUGUGGGAUGCUGUGUCUGACUGGAAGGUGUGGUGGUUUUCAGUCGCAUUCGUUAUCCAGUGCAUAGCGCAGUCGUUCUUCAUUUACUUCCCAACGCUCGUCUUUACUCUGGGAUAUAAUUUGAAGCAAACUUUGCUGCUCUGCACUCCUCCGUGGGUGUUCGCAGUGAUAAUUGCAUUGGCUCUUUCAAAGCACUCUGACAAGGCGCAAAGGCGUUAUAUAUACAUUUUUGCCUCCAAUGCAAUCGCUGUCAUUGGAGUCGUCAUAUCUAUGUGCACGAUGAACACGGCUGCGCGCUAUAUUUCGCUGUUCCUGAUGGCUCAAGUCAUAGGCGGAGGUAUGGUGCUCUGGGCUUGGAUCAACAACACGUUCGCCAGAGAACCUGCGAAGCGAGCUGCCGCUAUCGCUUUAAUUAAUGGACUAUCGCAGGUAGGAAAUAUGAUUGGAUCGUUCGUCUGGCCGUCCAACUGGGGUCCGACAUAUCGUUAUUCCUACGGCGUCUGCUUCGCAGCACUCGGGGUGUCAACGUCCAUGUUUGGCGUAUUGCAUUUGUAUUUGAAGUAUGUGAACAAGCAGAUCGAAAAGAACGAACGGGAUGCGAAAGAUGUUAAUGAGCUUCGGGUCCCCAUUGGUUUUAGAUAUCUGGUGUAGUCGAGGUCGAUGUGGCUCUGGGACUUGUGGUUUGGACAUGGGGAAUAGGCAUACUUGUAAGGACAUAUGUAUUCAAGCACCUUCUGGCGCUUCCGGGCAUCGAUAUAAUGCUUAGGUUCAUGCAUUUCUUGUAGCAUAAAUUUUGGAGCUUCCUAUCGCAGCGCAUAUAGAGUGUUGUCAUGCAUUAUGAACUUUGAACUAGUAUACGCAUCGAUAAUAAAUGUAUAUGUGGUGCCAGGGUACGGCUCCAGACACCCCUACCGGGACCCGGUUGACUUCUUCAUUUGCGCAAGAAUCUUGUCUACUUCGGCAAUGUUCCUAUCUGCGAGUUUCUGAAACUAAU